AUGUCUCGAGUUCUCCUACGGACGUACGGCACCCAUUCCGCCAGGUUGUGCGCCAGCCAACCGGCGCGAACUAGCUUCCUCCGGCCCAUCUCUACACUAUCAUCAAACCCCAAGAUCAAAGUAUUCAAAGACCACCCAGCUCCCAGCGUAAACCUCCUCACCUACCUCGACACAACACCCCCCUCCCAAACCCUCGCCAUCGGCCAAACGACCACCCUCCCCCCAACACCCCAAUCCUUCCAAGAAAACCCCCGCUUCCUCUCAAUCCUCAAUGAAGUCCUCAUCGAAAACGCCCACAAUGACCCAGACCUCAUAAGCCAAGCCCGCGCCUUCGCCGGCCCCGGCGGCACCUCCUUCAGCCUCGGGGUCGCAGGGUUGUAUCAAAACCAGCGGCGCAAGGCCAAGAAGCUGACGGGUGAUGGCGGCGGUGGAGGGGCGAGCGCGCAGGGAGGUGCUGGUGGUGCGGGGAGGGGAGGACACGUGCAUUUGAGCGAUACGAGGAAUCCACCGGACUUUGGGAGGAUUGCGUGGCCGGAGGAUAUUUUGGGGAGUGUGGAGGUCGAUGCGGCGGGGGAGAUUGUGGGGAGGUUGGCGCCCAGUGGGACGUAUCGGAUUAUAACGAAUCAGGGAAUCUUGGGGUUAAGUCCGUUCUUGACGGAAAAGUUGAUUGCUAGGCUGAGGGAGGAGGAAAAGAAGGAGGGAUCUAGCUGA